AGCUGCUCAAAAUGGAGAAGUCCGGAGAGAUGGGCAUGGAGGUGCAGAUCGCGGAUGGCUUGGCUUCCGCCUUCGGCGGGCUGGGCUUGAACAAGGCCUUCUUCAGGAACUGGUUUGCUCACAUGAACCUCCCAGAUGACGAGAUGCGAGACAUUGCAAAUCCCUGGAAUGAGAUGCAGCUGCACGUCAGCUACAAGUGCGCAGAGGCGCUCUCCGUCCUUGGACUGGGCGUAGGCCUCGCAGUGUCGCGGAAGCCGAACCGCCUGCGGAAGGCCGGGCGCGCCGCCUUCCUGGGAGCCUUGGUGGGCGCUGGCCCUGUGGGGGUCCUCAUGUGGAGUGGAAAAGCCCGCUCCUUGAACGAUGAGGACAUCUACGACAGGGCUUACCGCGUCAGGUACAACCGCAACCAGAUUCGCAUCGACAAUGCCUACAAGGCCUCAGCACAGCUGGGCCUGGUCGGAGGGCUGUUGAUGACCAGGAGCUUGUCGGGCACGCUGGCGGAUAUCGGCCUGGUGUCGGUGCUGGGCGUGCUGGGCAGCAUCUCGUACAUCGCCUAUGCAAAGCCGGACAAGCAGAGCUGGUGAGGUUUGCCGGGCCCAGCCUUCCUGGAGGUUGGCGCUUGGAGCGAGCGAGCGCGUGCAAGUUCUGCUGCCAUGGUCACAAAUGUCGCAGCCAGGACGGUUGGGCACUUGAAGAACAGGUGAACCAGGCUCUUGGUACACGUGCGUGUGUGUGUGUGUGUGCUUUUUGAGGGCCCCUUUUUUGAAUUGGUUGAAGGGGAAACCAGAAGGCAACCCAUGACUUUUGGGCUUCCCCUACUACUAUGAGACAUGUGCUCAUUUAUCUCCAAUCCCAGCAAGCAGCCAGACGCUGGAUGUCCGUGCAAUCCGCCUGCCGACUCGGACAGUCUUAGGGAGCGCUCGCUGAUUGGAGAUUUGAAGAUUUAAUAGGUCGUCAAGCUUUUAAGGGGCCAGCAUGGCCCCAUGUGCCUGUCGAGAUGGUCGCUCUUAGCGCGUGGGCAA